CCCCCGUCCUCGUCCCCGAAGCGUUAGGCUAAGGUGAAGAUCGCCGGGAGCUCCCGGCCGGCGCUGACAGGCGGAGCGGCGCCUCGAGCCCCCGCUUUGCGCGCUCGGGACAAGGGCAAAGUGGCCCAAGCCAAGGAGCUCGGGUACCCGCCAGCCCACCCCCACCUCACGUAUGACACCUGGAGGUGAAGGUGUAGCGCACGUGCCCGACUGACCGUCAGCGCGAGGAUCGGACCUCACCUCACACUCAAUAUGUACCAGGGGCAUCUGCAGGGGAAAGACUCUAGGGCUGCAGAUAAGACUGUUGCCAUGGUGCUGAAGGAGAUACCAAGUAAGGCGUCUUCAGAAGGAAAACCCCUCCUCAAUGUGACAACCAAGCUGGUGAGCGAGCAGCAAGAGAGUCGGCCCCUGCUGAGCCCGUCCAUCGACGACUUCCUCAGCGAGGCCAAAUGCGACGGAGCCGCCCGCCCGGUGACUUCCAACACUGCCGUGCUCUCCUCGGCCUUGGACCUGCUGGACCUGAGCGAACCCAAUGACAGGAGACGAAGUAAAGAGAAGAAGAGCCCGGGGUCCUCGCGGGGGGACAGCUCCAAGGGCACCCCCUGCAGGAAGAAGGCGGACGAGACGGAGCUCAUCCAGGUGGACAUCGAGCAGAUCGCUCCCAGCUGCCUGAACCCUGAGAGAGUUUCACUGCACUCAGUCUCCUCACCCCUGGAGAAAUGGGACGAGGUGAACCUGCACCCCGACAGGAAUGGCAGCAGGAAGUGGAAGCUGGAGAGGAGGUGCUCCUCACGCCAUUCCUCCAGCGAGUUCCUCUGGUCCACGGAAUUCAAGACGCCACCUGAGUCAACCGCAAAACAAUCGCUGGACUUCAAUACGAACAUAGAGGUGGAAGCAGUGCCCCAGCGUCGCUUCAGCAAAGACCAAAGGUGGGGUAACGCUCUACUGUCCAGGAACCACUCCUUGGAAGAGGAGUUUGAGAGGGCCAAGGCUGCUGUGGAGUCGGACACGGAAUUCUGGGACAAGAUGCAGGUGGAGUGGGAAGAGCUGGCUCGGAGAAACUGGCUGGAGGAAGUUGAGAAUGAGGGGAACAUCCACCCCACCGUUUCGCCACAUGAAAAGGGGUAUUACUUCCACACGGACAACCCCUACAGGGAAUGGCCCAACGCAUUCGAGGAGGGUCUGCGGAGGGCGAGGGAGGGCGACCUGCCCAAUGCCAUCCUGUUGCUGGAGGCUGCCGUUCUCCAGGACCCCCACGACUCGGAGGCUUGGCAAGUGCUGGGGACCACCCAGGCCGAGAACGAGAACGAGCAGGCGGCUAUUGUCUCCCUCCAGAGGUGUCUGGAGCUGCACCCCAACAACCUGCAGGCGUUAAUGGCACUGGCUGUGAGCCUCACCAACACUGGUAUGCGGCAGGAGGCCUGCGACGCCCUGCACAACUGGAUCCGCCACAACCCCCACUACAGGCUCCUGGCCCGGAGGUCACCAGGGCCUCCCCAUAGGAUGCCUCCAAGCAGUUCCCAGCUGGCGGACGUGAAGGAGCUCUUCUUGGAAGCCGUGCAGCAGAACCCGGACGUGAUCGACCCGGACCUGCAGACAGGCCUGGGCGUGCUCUUCAACCUCAGCUCCGAGUUCAACAAGGCCGUGGAAGCCUUCAAUGCAGCGCUGUCCGUGCGGCCAGAGGACUACCUGCUGUGGAACCGCCUCGGGGCCACGUUGGCCAAUGGGGACCGCAGUGAGGAGGCGGUGGAGGCCUACACCAAGGCGCUCGAGCUACAGCCGGGUUUCAUUCGAUCCCGCUACAACUUGGGCAUCAGCUGCAUUAACCUGGGUGCGCACAGGGAAGCGGUGAGCAACUUCCUGACGGCCCUGAACCAGCAGAGGAAGAGCAGGAACCACCAGCUGAUGUCCAGCAACAUCUGGGCGGCGCUGCGGAUCGCCCUCUCCAUGAUGGACCAGCCCGAACUCUUCCAGGCGGCCAGCGUCGGAGACCUGGACCUGCUCAUGAGGGCCUUCAACGUGGACAUAUGAGCGGAAGAGAGGGACCCCCAAGCCGUGCGUCUGUCCCUCGCAGCCCCUCCCUGCUUUUACUGUCCCCCCUUUGCACCGGGGGAGAACCCCGCAUUUCCGCAGCGCACUUUUCCCGU